AUGUCGGACGAAAGCAGCGGUCCGUCCAGUGAGCCGCCCCCACCACCCGUCCGUCCCUCCCCCAUCGACCGGGCCCCACUACCCCAGGCCCCCACCAUUUGGGUGCCAGGCACCGAUAUUCCGCCUUCUGGGGAAUGGGCAAGGUAUCUCGAACGGCUGCCUUGGGGUAUCGCAAAAGAAGGCGACCUCAUCAAAUCCUUCUUACUUCGCUAUACCCUGCCAAUGGAAAAACUCCGCGAGCCUGUUGUCAGAGCGUCCAUGGCAAUGACCUCCGAAAGAUGGAACGAAGAAAUUGGCGGACGGCUUGAAAACGUCGAAGCAUUGUUUAUUCAGAUGGUUGGCCGGGUUGCGACCGAGCGCUGCGAGUACUGUCUUGCGGGCCGUGGUAUAUUCCCGCUUUGUGUUGUCUUCGACGUGCCGGGAUUUGUUAAAUGCUGCGGCUGUUGUCUCUACCGGGGUCGCGGGGCAACAUGUAGCCUCCUCGCCUCUGGACCUGGUCAGGCUAUCCUGGUUCAGGGCAGUGGUUUAUACGAUGUACCGGCAGCUACGAGAGCCUCAGAGGGGUCCCGCCUUGCUAGUCGUGCUCGCCGCGACCAUGCCGCUGAUAUUAACAGUAUCACGGACACAUUCCUUGAUAUCACCCUCGUUAUGAAUCAACUGCAAGCAAACAUGGACGACAUUGUUGCCGCGGCCGGCACUGCCGCUGAGAAACUCCACGCAGCACAGUCUCGAGCCGACACCCAACUACCCAUCCGCAGAAACGACGUUGUCCACAUCCGGAACAGCAUUAAUGAUAUGGUGAGCUCGGCAAAUCGCACUAAGUCCGUCUUCGAUAGGCUUGAUCGAAGCUUUAAGGAUGCCAAGGAGGAGUUGAGUCAGAUGCAGGAGAAGCUGCCGCCCCAGUAA